AUGUCAACCGGGCGCAAGAUUGGCAAGAGAGCGUGUGACGCGUGCAAGAUCCGCAAGAUCAAGUGCACAGAGGUCCCGCCCUGUGACGGCUGCGUCGCCAUUCGCACGGCAUGUACCUUCAACAAGGUCCCUGCCACCCGUGGACCCCGGAACCUGAGGGCAAAGACGAUACGGCAGAUUGCACAGGCCCAGCAGGAAAGUGCCGCCGCUCCCCCAAGCUCAGACUCGCCAACCGGCGAUGGAGCUGCCGUCGCAUCUACCCCGGCCGGAGCUGCCGCACCCUCGCGGUCCUCGCUCUCACCUGACGGAGCUUCGUCCGAAGGCGCCGGAGACCCCACCGGCAGACUGAGACUGGUUCGGCAAGAGACCACUGCCCUGCAGGCGCAGAGGACCCCUAGUGCGUCGCUUGUCUUGAGACUAUGUAUAUAUCGCCUGCGUUUAUUCCCUGUAUGGCCCAUCAUCGCAGUCGAGGAGAUCAUGGCCUCGCUGUCCCGCGACGCCGAUGAUCUGGAUUCUUAUGUCUUGGCCAACGCCGUUGGGGCCGCGACCAUCGCUCAGCUGAAGCUGACCACGACGGACAAUGAUGACCCAGCGACAGCAAGCUCGAUGGAGGCCGAGUGCCAGCGGUCGAGGAUGGCAUUGCAGGAACGCGAGGGUGGCCCGCCCAUGAAUCUCAACUGGCUGAGGACCUCUUUCUUCCUCCACGUCUAUCAUGAAAACCAGCAGCCUGGAGGGGCCAAAUCCCUGCUCUAUCUACGAGAAGCCAUCACUAUUGCCCAGAUCAUGGGACUGCACAAGGAAUCGUCGUAUAUGGCCUUGCCAUUACCAGAACAGCAGAUGAAGAGGAGAAUACUGUGGCUGCUCUUCGUUACAGAAAGGGGUGUGGCAAUGCUCCACAAGCUGCCCGUAGUUCUGAAAUCCAACAUACGCUUCCCGUCCCUGGACGGUUCCGGGGUAGGCGAGGACGAGGGCCAUGUCCUCCCGGCGUUCAAGAAGCUAGCAAAUCUUUUCUGGAUAUUCGAUCAAAGUGGCGCCUUUGACAUACUCCAGAAUUCGGAUGAUGAAGACGCCAUGUGGUCCAUGGCAGACGGUCUGCAGACCGCCAGCAGAGCAUGUCUUGAUGUUGUUCAGAGGAAGCUCCAGGAGAUACCUCUGGACUCUGAUGCGAGCAACGACGUCCAGCGUGCUGACAUCGUCGUCACGCGCCAGUGGAUGCAAGCUGUGCUGUGGAAAGUCACCAUGAAUCACGGCCGCCCCUGGUCUUCUGGAGACUGCAGCAAUGAUAACAACACCAACAAUAACAGCACCAACGUUACCUCCCUGUCGCACCCUAUACAUAUAGCUAAAGAGUUCCUUCAGCUCAUUUCGCAGCUUCCAAGCACUGCUAUUGAAGCCCAUGGUCCUGGAAUAGAGUUCAAGAUCUAUGAGAUCGCUAGCGCCGUCACCGAUGCCGUUGCGAACAACUUCCGACUACCGCGAUCCUCUACGGACGGCCCGAGAGACAUCCUGCUCCAGCUGCAAAGGGUUCUUGCGUCGUGUCGCGGCGGUAACAAGGCCCUUUUGGAAAUGCUUUGCGCCCGAAUAUCCGAGAUCCAGCACGGCCCACUGCUGGCCAUGAAUAAGACUCUGACUCCUCGAGUCCAAGAGAUUGACGACGACCAAUGGCGCAACGAGAGAGCUGCCCCAGCCAACGGUCAAACGAACUUAUUUACAGCAACUAACGACAUGCCGGAUUCCAAUCAAACCUACGCCCAGGCACAGGCAAGCUUCCUCUCGAUGUUUAACAGGGACGGCGCCGCGCAGAGCUUAGGCAGUAGCGGUCCAAUGCCGAUACCUCUCCAGCGGCAGGAUCUUGGUCGGCCAAUUUGGGACCACCAAAACCAGAUGGGCCCAGGAGCGCAUGAUCUCAUCGAGCAACUACAGAACUUUGACGGCUCCUUCAACGCGGUUGAGUCCAACGGCACGCUCGACAUGCUCUUUGCCAACGGGGUCUCGUGGGACAAUGUCGCAAACGAUGACUGGAUGGCCUCGGUGCAGAACAACCCAGGCGCCUUCAACAGUUCCACGCAGCCUUCUACGGACUUGCAGAGAACUUAUGAGUAG